AUGACAGAGGUGAAGCCAUGUAUCACCCUCUUGGGAUUCCUGGUAACCCUGAGUCUGUUCCAGGUGUCUGGCUCCUCAUAUGGUAUUUCUGGGAAGCUGUCGGAUCCAUGCAUUCUUAACAACAUCAAUGAAGCCAAGCACCUGGUGGAUGCAGCAUAUAAGCACGCACGGGAGAGUAUGAAGGAGAAGUUGAUGAAGGAAGCUUUUACCCCAGUAGCUUUCCUGCGGUAUUUCAAGCAACCAGUGGCAGGAACCAGGACUGCGACACGAGCUGCUGAUUACAUGGAGACCACCCUGAAUCUCCUGAAGGAGAAGCUACAGCCAACCAUAAAGGGAGAAUUCAAUAUCACAGAUGUGCUAACCCCAGUGCAGCUGGAAGUGAUUUACAGGAUGACAGGAUGUGCCCAACAGAACAUGGAAGUAAAGUGUGAAGGCAGAAGUCAGUACCGUACAAUCACGGGUGAAUGCAACAACAGGAGACAUCCUACAUUAGGGGCUUCCAACAGAGGUUUUGCCCGGUGGCUGCCAGCAGAAUAUGAAGAUAGAGUUUCACUUCCUCGAGGAUGGACAGAAGGAAAACGUGUUUUUGGAUUCACUCUCCCCUUGGUCCGAAAAGUGUCAAAUGAGAUUGUACGCUUCCAUACUACCCAGUUUAGGAUGGACCAUCAGAGGGCACUCAUGUUCAUGCAAUGGGGCCAGUUUAUCGACCAUGAUUUGGACUUCGCUCCUGAUACACCAACUCACUUUACCUUCCGUGGGAGAGUGAACUGUGAAACCAGCUGUGUCAAAGCACUACCUUGCUUCCCCAUCAAGAUUCCACGCAAUGAUCCCCGUAUUAAAAACACAAAUGACUGCAUCCCAUUCACCCGCUCAGCCCCUGCAUGCUCUAUGGGCAGUGCCGUUCGAGAACAGAUCAAUGCACUCACAUCCUUUCUCGAUGCCAGCAUGGUGUAUGGCAGUGAAGUGCCUUUGGCUAACAAGCUAAGGAAUCAGAACAACCAGCUGGGCUUGCUGGCUGUUAACGACAGAUUUACUGACCGAGGGUUGGCUUUCUUGCCUUUUGUUAAGAUGAAGGAGGAUCCAUGUUUGAUGGUCAGUGGGAAAGCUCAAAUCCCAUGUUUUCUUGCAGGUGACACUCGAUCCAGUGAGAUGUUAGAGCUUGCUGCUAUGCACACGCUUUUUAUGAGGGAGCACAACCAUCUGGCCACACAGCUGAAGAAAUUAAAUCCAUUCUGGAAUGGAGAAAAACUUUACCAGGAAGCCAGGAAGAUUUUAGGUGCCAUCCUCCAGAUAAUAACCUACAGAGAUUACCUGCCCAAGCUGCUGGGAGACAAGUUCAGGAGAACUCUUCCUCCCUACCAAGGCUACAAGAGCUCUGUGGAUCCCCGAAUAGCCAAUGUCUUCACGCUGGCUUUCCGCUUUGCCCAUGCUUCCAUCCCACCUGUGGUAGAACGGUUAAAUGAACAGCAUAAGCCUAUGGGUUCCAAAAUACCCCUCAGCAAAGCCUUCUUUGCUGUUUGGAGAAUUGUAAUGGAAGGAGGCAUUGAUCCUUUACUCCGCAGCCUGAUGGGUAAUCGGGCCAAACUGAUGACGCAAAAACAGAUGAUUGUGGAUGAACUCCGGGACCGAUUAUUUGACCAGGUGAAGAGGAUUGGAUUGGAUCUAGCUUCCCUUAACAUGCAACGUGGGAGGGACCAUGGCCUCCCAGGGUACAAUUCCUGGAGACGAUUCUGUAGGCUUUCACAACCUCGCAAUGAACAUGAACUCUCUAUUGUGCUGAGGAACAGCAACUUGGCUAAGAAGUUCAUUCAGUUGUACAGGACACCGAACAACAUUGAUAUUUGGCUUGGUGCCCUUGCAGAGCCCUUUGUUCAUAAUGGCAGAGUGGGGCCUCUGAUGGCUUGUCUCAUUGGCACUCAGUUUAGGAAAUUGCGAGAUGGGGACAGAUUCUGGUGGGAAAAUCAAGAAACUUUUACUUCAAAGCAACGCCAGGCCCUAUCCAGGAUCUCCUUGUCACGCAUAAUCUGUGAUAACACACGCAUCCAGAAAGUACCUAGGGACAUUUUCCGGGCCAACAUAUACCCCACAGACUUUGUGAGCUGCAACCAGAUACCAAAGCUGGACCUCUCGGCAUGGAGAUUAAGGAAUGCAGAAAAAGAAGAAGCAUCUGGUGACUCUUAAUGAUCGAAGCUGAUGGUCGGCUAGACAUCUGGAUUCAGAAAACUACUGGGACAGAUUCUUCAGCAUGUUUGAUCUAGUAUUUUCUUGUCUGGAAUGUUGGAGCAAAGCUGCUAUCGAUUUGCUUGAUCUUAUUUUGUGGUAGGCCUUUUCAGGAAGGUGGAAUCAAAUUAAAAGUGAGCAUUAUUAAAAGAAGUCCCAGUUCAAUAUACAAUUUGUUCUAAAAAUGACUUUCCAAAGCAGAUUGCUGAACAAAAUCAUGGUUUCACUAGGAUAAGAAAAUAAUUCAAGAAGGUGUCAUCUUAUGAACUUCGUACAAACUGGACCUCAGUCAAUUUUACCAUUUGAAAGACAUUUAUUUUAUAGUUACACAUAAAGAUGUUGGACUCCUGCUCUGAUAUAACACUGUAUUGCUGUGCUAGCCCAGGGUGGGGAAUACAGUCCAAGAUGGACUGGAAGACCUUUUAAUAUAGCUCAUAUUUUUAAUAUAUAUCACCUAUUUUGCUCACUAAGGAAUUGCAACAAAUAAUCAGCUAUUUUCCUUUAAUAGAAAUCAGGCUUGCUAAUUUCACAGAAGUAUGCAGUUGACUGAGACUAAUGAUUGCCAGC